AUGCGUUACUCAUUCGCCGUCGCUGCCUUUGCUGGCCUUGCCGCCGCCGUUCCCCAAUACGGUGCCUACCCCGCUGCCCCAGCCAGCACUCCCGCUGCCCCGGCUUACCCUGCCUACCCUGCUGAGCCCUCCUCUGCUGCUCCCGCCUACCCUGCGUACCCAGCUGAGCCCUCCACUCCCGCUGCUGAGUACCCCGCCUCCAGCGCUACUCCUGAGGCCUCCAAGCCCGCUGAGUACCCCGCUGGAACUCCUUCCAAGCCUGCUGAGUACCCCGCUGGAACUCCUUCCAAGCCUGCUGAGUACCCAGCUGAGACUCCCUCCAAGCCUGCUGAGUACCCCGUCGAGUCCACCAAGACUCCUGAGGUUCCCGAGCACGCCACCUCUGAGGUUCCCUCUUACCCUGCCUCCUCCAUGACCCCUGAGGUCCCCGAGGCUGAGACCACCUCUUGCUUGAGCUCCACCACCAUCACCGUCACUGUCCCCUACCCCACCGGUACCCCCGUCGUUCCCGGUGCUGGCAAGCCUUCCGGUACCCCCAUGGUCCCUGGUGCUCCCCAGCCUUCCGGCGGUGCUCCUUACCCAUCCGUCCCCGUCGGCGGUGCUCCCUACCCCUCUGUCCCUGCUGGCACUGGUGCUCCUCCCGCUGGCACUGGCUACCCCACCAAGACCGGUGGCUACGUCAAGCCUUCCACCCCUGCUGAGUUCACUGGUGCUGCCUCUGCUCUCAACGUCGGUGGCUUCGUUGCCGGUGUUGGUGCUUUCGCUGCCUUCUUCUUGUAA